AUGGCGGACUCAGUGGAUCGCGUGUUUGUACACGCUCUUAAUACCGUCAAAAAGAUCCCAAAAACCGGCGCAUCAAGGCCACCUCCGACCGAUCGACUUCGACUUUAUGGACUCUACAAACAGGCAAUGGAGGGUGAUGUUGAUGGGGUGAUGGAGCGUCCAACUGCAGCUUUGGGAAUGGCACCCGACGAUCUGCAGCGCGAAAAGGACAAAUGGGAUGCGUGGAAUCUACAAAAAGGACUCAGCCGGAUGGAAUCCAAGAGAAGAUAUAUCGAGGCGCUGAUAGAUACGAUGCAUCGAUAUGCGACUACGCCGGACGCUGAGGAACUUGUGUCAGAACUCGAAUUUGUCUGGAACCAGAUCAAAAACAACAGUCCGAGCUCGUCAUUAUCAUCGCCGAGAGCCAACCGAUCGACUGGUGCCUCACAGCCCUACGAAGAACCCGAACAAGCGAGCGAUGCCGAAGGCCCUUUGAAGGAGAUCAGGCCGAUGAGCGAGUACGACGAAGCUGAGCUACGGUCUCAACAGCAACUGGACCUCGAAGAUGAUGAUAUUGGAGGAGUACAAAAUCACAAUCGAGUCAGUGGACGAUGGCAGCGAAAGGUCGAACGCGCUUUAACGACCAUGUCCGCUGAGGUAGCUGCUUUACGAGAACAAAUCACAACAGGUCGAGAGUGGCGAACAAAAAAGGAACGGAGCUUUCCGGCUUGGGCUAAAUGGUUUGCCUGGUUGUUGGUGAAGCACCUUUUUGCCGACUUUGUCAUAUUGGCCGUUGUGCUGCUGUGGCUAAGAAAGCGUAAGGACCGCCGACUAGAAGAUCUGGUUAGGGCGGCUGUCAGGCUGGUCAGAGAAUACGUUCGAAAUGUCUUACCAUCAAGGGGAUGA